UUCUGAGAAAAACGCCAUUACCAGUUUCAUGGAAAACAGCUUUUGAACAUGGACGAACAAAGCAAAAUAGAGCAAAGCAUUAUAGAGGCAAUUAAUGAUGAACCAUAUCAGAAAGUGAGGAAAGAAUGUCGCAAACGUGUCUUUCUUUUUAACUGCGACAAAACAUACAGUUUGGACUCAGUGGAGAAAUUGCUUCUUGACCUGAAAGGCGAUAUCAGACGAGAGCUCAGCUUCGACAUCGUCAAGACUUAUUUUCGCCUUUCUGAAAUGUCGCAUGUGGCUGAGAAGGCCAUUCCUAAACUGCAAAUGGAUGUUGCCUUUUUUGUGGUUCAUGCGCAUGAAUCUCGUCUUUCCAUAAACGAGAAUAAUGCCGGAAUCGGUUAUGCGAAGAUCUACCAAGCAUUGCUCCAGGCUACAGACGGAAAUGUUAUAAUUGUUAUUGGCGGAGACGAUCAGUACACGAGCAAAGAUGAAGAAGGAAGUUCUGUGAUUUCGCGCUGGGCCAGACUAAAGGUUUCCUCUCAAUUUAAAGCCGAAUUUCUUGACGGAAAGAAGAGCUUUAUCUUUUCUUGGAAUAAAAUUCACAGAAGGAUUCACGAAGAAGCGCUUCUGCAUUACUUUGACCCAAGCAAGAUUGGGCAGAAGUUUGAAAAGGAGUCGAAUGAGCGGUCAUCGCAAGAAAAAAACACUACUGAUAGUCUUCCAGGGACGCCGAAGACCAAGAACACAGCUGCUUCAGAGCCAGCACAGUUUACGGAUCAAGGGGUCGUAAGUAAGCAAAGCGAGCAGGAGGCAGUGCCAAUCUUACCACCGCCUACAAAUGCUGAAAGCAACGGAGACUCAUCAGAAACAGAAGAAGGAAAGCAUUCAAUUUUAGAUGACCUGUCCGAGUUAAUAUUGAAGGAGUAUGUCGUUGUAAGUGAUGAUGGUGUGGACUGUGAAGUAAGAGGGGUUUCUGAAGAACAACAGAUGAACGGCAUAACGGAGGUUGGUACGCUUGUGUUUAAAACUCGAGUACGAAAUGGAAAAUUCACAGAGGAGGAGAUAGAAGAAUGGCGCCAGCAGUGGAAACUCCUUGAUGAAUUGCUGCCACGAAUAUCGAAAGAUUUGGCGAAUGUUGCAGAAGCUAAUGUGGAGGUCUAUCGUGUUAAACAGGGAGGUGCUGCCCGCGUUGUUAUUAAAGACCUUUCAACCAGUUAUCUGUCACUAUACAUCACCACAGUCAUUGAGUUCUUUUACAAUGUGAUAACCGGAUUAAUGGAUAAUGUGUAUAGUUGCUUCGUUCAAAAGAAAAAUCUGGAAGAUAUCGAUAUAGAUUGGCCGUAAGAUGAACACUUGCACUGCAGGGCUUAAGUACAUUAAGUGAGACUGAAACUGCUUCAAUAUCGGAUAUACCCAUAGAUAUUUGUAGUUUGAAUGGGUCACACUGGCAUUUAUACCUCAAAGUUUAUUAUAUGUCUAAGCCUUAGUUAACACCAAAUUGCACUCGAAAUCAUGGUGUUACCUAUACCAAUAAGAAUAGAUCAGUAAAGUGCGUUUGAUGUAAUUUGGUAAUGGAUUUUUUUGUAACGGCGUAACAAAAUUCAGUGUAUAAUUAAACCUACCAACAUCGAAUGGUAGCUUGGCACAGUUCUGAUUUAAAAUGAUUUAUUCCGUUCAAUGUCAAAGACAAGAACAAGCUAUGGUAUUUUUAAUAUUAGAUAUCAAGGCACUAAGGUUUGGAAUGCAAUCAGUGAUCACAUUAAGCUUCUAUCGCUUAAACAAUUUAAGAAAAAGCUAAAAUCAAGUAUUCUUGCAGGUUACCAACUGAAGUAAUUAUACUAUACAUUUUCUUUCUUCCGAUUAGUUAAUCUGCCUAUACGUACUUUAUUUUCCUGCUUAUUUUCGCUAAUUUGUAUUUUAAGAAUAUGUGUGGUACUUUAAGAAGUCCUCAGUACCUGACACCGUUAGUCAUUACAGUAUUUAAAAUCCUAAGGAUGGCUGCUCAAUUCUAUUAGCUUAGUGGUUAUUUUGGGCAGCCAUGCACUUUAUUUUAUUUGUUUUCCUUUCUUUUAAUGUAAGUUUUAUUCAGGGUGCAAAUAAAAUUGUUGUUAUUGUUGUU